CUAAACGUUUUAAUAAAGCAGUAAAUUCCCUCUCAAAGUCCAACUGAAAAUAUGAGUUCGGCAUUAUGACGUCGAUUUAAGGCGUCAAAGAAAAAAAAUAUAAUAGCCUUUCAAGACGUCAUAAUUACUUGGACUACACCUGGACCAAAAGGACUGCUGAUUAGUCCACUCCCCAACAUGACACUCUGGUUUGAAAAUUGUAUCCGGUGAUCACUUGAUCUAAUCAAAUACACAUCUGAUGUUAAAUAAAGAGCAGAGGGGUCAGUAUAUGUUUGAGAUUAUUGACCUCAAAGCUGAGCUCUUUAGAAAGCAGGAAGAAUUUAAACAACAGAAAUUACAGAGCAGCAGUACAAAUUAUGUCAAAUCUAGACAAACAGAAAAGAAAUCAACAGUAUGGAGCAAACAAAAUGUUGGAGUUUUACAAAGAGCACAGAAAGAUUUAGAGAGUAAAGCAGAAGAAGAGAAUGAAUAUGAAAAAUCAAGGAAAGCUCUAGAGAAAAAGUCCAAAUUAUAUGAACAGAUAUCUAAAGCAAGUGGAAUCCCAGAGGAAGAUGGUAGUAAAGUAUUUCUGGUUGAUUUCCAAAAGAAAGUAAUUGACAACAUACUGGAAGAAAGGAAUAAACAGAGAGAUGAGGAAGAAAAAGGAAUGCUAGAAGACAAUCAUAUUUCUGAUGCUGACAUACAUCAUCCUAAAGAUAAAGGAGAAGAAUGGGUAGAUUAUACUGAUUCACUAGGAAGAUCUAGAAGAUGUAUGAAGAAAGACUUGUCUAUAUUAAAGGAAAGAGAUAAAGACCUCCAAGGCAAACAAGACAGGAUUGAGGAAAAAAAUAGUGCCUUACCAACCUUGAUGUCUGAUGAUAUGAGAAGAGAACUGCUGAGACAGAAAUGGGAGAAAGAAGAGUUAGAAGCAAUGAAUGGACCUAUACAUUACUCUAAUGUCAGAUUUGAUGAAAAGAGAUCUCAUGGUGUUGGUUUCUUUGAGUUUGACAAAAGUGAAGCAGGACGUCAGGAACAGUUAGAUACUUUAAAUCAAUUAAGGAAACAGACACAAGAUGAAAGAUCAAAAAAGGAAAAAUUAAAAGAAAAAAGGAAAGCUAUGCUAGAUGCUAGAUUGGCUAAAGUUAAACAGAGAAAGUUAAUAAGAGAAGGAGGAUCUUUAGUGCCAGAUGUUCUUCUAAAGGAUGAUGAAGAUGCUGAUAUUGGUCCAAAGUUAGAAGAAAUGGUCCCUGCUCCAAAGUUGGAAGAAAUGGUCCCUGUAGGACCCAUCAAACCAGAACUACUGACCAGAGAUGAAAGCUUGAGGCAUAACCAAUCUACGAGAGAGUGGGAUAAAGGCAAAGAAAAAUUAUUUCCACCAACAAGUGAGGAAAAAUACUUUGAAGACAGGAGAAAAGAAAGAAACCAAAACUUUGCCCCUCCUAUGUCUCUAUAUGCAGAUGAUAAGAAGAAAUCUGGUUUUCAAAACAAAAAACAAUCUGUACAUUCUGGCCAAACAACUGAAACUUCUAAAUUUGUUAUACUAAGGAGGGAUCCAUCUACAUCAAAUAAGCGAAAAGAUGGAAACAACCCUGAUACAUCUUUGGGUAUAGAUAACCUGUCAAGCAUCCCUCUUCCUUCUGAUGUAAAAGCUGUUGGAUCCCAUGACUCAGUGAAUGACGUUAUGAAUUACAAUGUUCCAUUAUUUGAUGUUUCAGUGCCGCCACCAAAUAUAGCGACAUUACAAAAUAAUCAACAGAACUAUAGUCGGCCGAAUUAUCAGAAUCCUGAAUUUCCUUUUCAAACUCCGUCAAAUGUUAAUUAUCAAACUCCUGUUCCUACUGAACAAUCACCUGCUUAUGUAGGAGAUGAUGUAAGCAAUGUAACCAAAUAUUAUACACAGCAGUUUUCAAAUUCUGGAAAUCAGCAAGUUACUGACAUUUUUAGUCAGCAUCUUGACAAUUUGAACAAUUAUAGCUCUGAUCAGGUGAAUUUAACAUCUUCAGUUGGUUAUUCAAAUGAACUUGCUAAUCUACAGGCAACAUCCUUUACACCUGUGUCACAGCCACCCAAACCAAAACUGAACAUUAUCGAUCCACGCUAUAUUCAGAAUAAGGAUGUACUGUCACAGAACCCUGGAAAUUUGUCAAUUCAACAAGAUAGCAAAUCAUGUUUGGAGAAAUCUAAUGACACAGACUCUCAAGCUAGUUUAGAACAGGAAUCAAACUCAUAUUCUGGGAACCCUGUUGCUUAUGAAUAAAUUAUUGAUCUUUA